AUGAUCGUGUGGAGAGCGUCUUUCCUCCUUCCUCCACCUCCAUUAGAGGACUCUCGCGGUGGCCAGCGCCAUCUAGUAGAGCAGCUGUUGAACCACCGCGACGUGAACGGACGUCGGACGAGUUACCUCCGUCCGGUGGCGCGGCUUAUCCCCCGUCCUGGGAUUCUUGGGAGCCCCCGCUCCCAAUUGAUGGUUGACGUACUGGGUCUGGUCGAGCAGUACGACGACGGCACAUCCUGUGCCGCAGAAGGGACCGCCGGAGAAAGUCUUCCCGGCACGGUCGUAAAGGAUUUCAGGUUGUCAAUCCCUUCGUACAUCUCAGUAGAGACACGUACGCGCCACCACGGGCUGGUAAGGAGGUAA